ACGUGCCCCGCCGCAUUCACCAUUUCUACAACGACGACUAAACACGACUGAGAAACAUGGAGAGAUUACAUGCGAACAUUUGACGAGGGAGAUCGGAAGAAAAUGUCACUGACCUGCCCGAAAAUGAAGCGACAUAAUAGUGGCGCGUAUCUGUCACCGACUAGUACACGAAAUCUGUUGGUUUUCGACGAGGAAUACCAGAAUACGUGAGGAUUAUUUUUGUCUGACAAACCCGCCACAGUCCAGGUCGAAGAGGGGGAAAGAAGUUCAAGACAUGGCUUCGACUGUAGCUACCGAUAAGGUUUCUGAGGGGACGGCGGUGGAGAGGUUCGGUAUCGGAGGGAUGGCGCUUCUUCCCUGGACUAAACAGAUUCUGACCGUGGUGUGGGAACAGCUUCGACUGCUGCUUCAGGUCAUCUACUACACGUUCCUGUCAGUUUUCCAGAUGUUCAGGUUCGAAGUCCACGUGAGAAUCACGGAUGAGACGGGGCAGCACAUCCAGCACAUGACCUCGGCAGCGAAUCCGUCCGAAUCCUUUCUUUUCUCAUCUUUGUUUGACGGAGAGAACGGAGUCAUGGUUGGUGGUUCAAAUCCCCUCUCUGAUUUCUGUGCCGACGUUGGCGACACCUUCACCGGGAAAUCCACUGCUGAGGCCCUGCUGUCCAGUCUGCGAGCUGACGACCUCUGCUGCGGGCUGGUGGACGACUUUGUGUCCAGAACAGCUGGGAAAGAAGAGGGCAUCUUUCUCGGACACCAGUCCACCUGGAAAAUGGGCUUCCCCGGUGACUGGAACAUCUUUGUGUCAAGCAGCGACGGCUCCAGUUUAGGUGAGGCCUGUGGUAACGGUGCUGAGAAAAUCUUCCAACAGGAUAUUACAAAAGGGAAUCAUUUCAAACACGACACAUCGGAGGAGGAAAGAAGCUGGAGUACCUGGAGUAGCGAGGAAGACCAGAGUAUAGUAGAAUUCGACAGUGAGGAAAGCAAGGCGCUGUGGGAAUCUCUAUCGAAAUCGAGUGAUCCCUACAACCCCUUCUUUUUCUCCGCAUGUACUUCGACAAACGCAGGCAUGUGUAAAAGUAAAAGUGAAGCAAGGGACAGCAGCGAUACUGAUGUGAUGUCAGUGAGUAAGUCCAGCGAGGAGAGGCUGGGGCCACAGGGCCUCAGUAACUUGGUCAGUCGUUCCGACAGUGAAAUCAGCUGGUCCAGCUCAGAUGGUUCAAGUCCUGACAUUGACAAAGAGGAGAAUGAGAGACUUUGGGACUUUUUCAGCAGUCCUGCUGACCCCUAUAGUCCUCUGUGCUUUACUGCAUGCACAAUCAGCACCAUAUCCAAAACCACCACCACCACCACAGUCUCUAAAGUACAGGCCUCACUUCCCACACCAUCCCCCAAGCCAGAUACAGACGAGAAGGAGAUCAGCUUUCCUUCUUCAUCUGAGGAUGAUGAAGAAGAGCAGAUCUGGAAGUCUCUCUGUCAGCACGAUGACCCGUAUCACCCUCUCAACUUUCGAGCCUGCCUCCAGAGCAACCCAACGACAGAGUCCCAGUCUGAGAAAAAAGCUCCUCUUAAAGUCCACCACUCCAAAAACCCACCUAUGAAGCUCAAGAAAUGUGAAAAAGACGCAGAUAAAUGCAGAAAAUCCAGACCCACCAUGCCGCCUUUGCCAGAGAGAACAUUAAAGUGUCAACCCCUUCCAGACAAAACACUGGUGCCUUGGAAAAGACCAGCACAUAAAGCUCAGUCACAACCACAGGAGAGCAAGCAAAGCAAGGCCAGCAGAACUUUGAAGAAGGUGCAAUUUUCUCCUGUCGUCCAAGUCCACGUGAUGCGGACGUGGCUGUUCGCCCGUCAGACAUCGCGUAAAGGACACUGGGAGGUGAUGGCACGAGACCGGGACCGCUUUCGAAGGCGAGUCUGGGAGGCCGAGAAGAUCAUUGGCCACUGCUUCACUCGUACCCACAGAGAGAAGAUGCGGGCAUACCUGGACACUGCCUUGGAAAGGACGAGUCCCGAACACUGAAUGUUUUAUUUCCUUUUUUGGAUAAGAACUUGUGAUUGGUUGCAAUGCAACAGUGAUUUUGAUUUAGGCCGUUUAGAAAAUUUGAUGUUAGGCCAACUUUUAAUGUUUGGUGUCAUGUUAAACAACUUUGUACCUCAACAGGUUUUAUACAUCGUGUGCACUGGCUGACACUUUUCUCAUUGUAAACUCAGCGUUAACGUGUGUAAUAUUGUUGUUUUGUAUGCCUUAUAUACUGACCUAGUAAUGUAACUUAUGUAUUUAUGCCCUAUGGAGCUUGUCAGUUAUUUUUUACAACUCAAAUGUUUGUAUGUGUAUUUUGUUUAAUGUCUAGAUUUAGAUGAUUGUAAUAUCUUUAAAAGCAGAGCUUUACUGUAUAAAGUGUUUUUAUUUAAGCAUGAUAAUGGAUAUGUAGGUGUUUUGGUGCAAUUCUUGUUAUUCCUAUAUUUUACUUCAUGUCCUGUAUUUUGAUACACGAUGGCAGAUAAUAGUGGCCUUUUAGCACUGAGAUCGGGGACGGUCGUCUUGCAAAGACUCAAGCACUCGGUCCCGCGUGACUCACUCAGCUUGUCACAUUAACAUCGUACAGCUGGAAAAAAAAAUUGUUAAUAGUAAAACUAUUUCAGUAGGUGCUUUGUCAAAUAAAAAAAACAUGAUUACAUUGUA